AUGUUUUUUUCCGGCGUCAAAAAUGAUAUUCAUAUCAUUAAUCCUUAUUCGGUUGUGACACAGCCGAAAACUACCAAAGGUAAGACAAUUUCAAAUUUCGCAUUUGAUAUAUCUUGAUUAAAGGACCUCGUUCAUGUCCCGGAGCGCCAAUGGAAAGUGAUUACAAUUUUAAUCGCAAAAAUUUCGACGGUGGCUCCCAAGCUAACUACAGUUCGCGUUACGAGAAUGUUAUGGGACCUAGAAAAAGAGGUUCUUUCUCCACGUAAGUUUCUCUUCUGGUCGAAAAAAGUUUUGAAUUACUUAUUUUUUAUAUAUCAGUUGGUUAGUUCUCCAGAUCUGAUUGUUAAAUUUUGCUAAAGUUGUUUUGAAGCUUUGAUGUUAUUUUUCAAAAUUCAUCGUUUAUUUUUUUUAAGACAUAAAAUUUUUAUCUUUUCUUUUUUAAGACAUAGAAUUUUGCGAUUUUCAGAAUGGAACGGUCCGAAAAUAGAUCCGAUCGGAGUCCUACAGACUUUGGAAACCGACAGUACAAGAAUAUCAUAUCUACAAGUCAAGCUUACGAUCAUUACGACAACUACGAAUCAGACGACGACGAAAUUCACGAAGCUCGCGCCAGAAUCCAACAUGUCAGUUUUUUAAAAUCCUUUUUUUGAAAGAAAAUAUAAUCAAAAAAUGUUUCAGUUGGAAAGUAAGAUGCAACGGAUGCAAAGACGGUGGUUUGAGGAACGCGCCGUCAUGUCCCAGCAACUUGAGCACGCCCAGGACGAAUGCUUCCGUUUGAAGUCAGUUCCACUUUUUUUUUUUCUCUAACAAGGAAGGUUUCGCUUCGUGAAUACCUGAAGUUUGGCCAAUUAUGUACCGAAGAUAUUUUCUUAAAUUCGUAGCCUGCAAAUUUUCCUCUUUAACUUUUAAAGGUUUUUUUUUUGAUAUCUGGGAAGUUUUGCUGUCAUUUUGAUACAUUAACAUGACAAUUUUCUUUUCUUCAACUUUUUCUGUUGUUUUUUUUUCUCAUCUACAAAUUUUUUUCAUCCUUUUUUCCCUUUAAAUUUUUUUGAUUAAGCAUGUCGUUGUUAAAAAAAGGCUCCAGUUAGGGCUUUCUUUCAAAAAUUUAUGUAAAUUCACCACGCUUUUAUAUUAAGAAUAUGUAAUUAUUCGUCAAAUUUCCUUAUUUUAAAGUUUUUUUAAACCGCCUCUCAAAAAUGGAAAUCGAAAGAAAAAAACAAAUCUUUGAAUUUUUUUAAUUUUUUUAAAAAUUUUUUUCGAUAUAAUUAUACACGGUAGAUCUUAAAAAAACAAAAUCUUUUAAAUUCUUUUUUUCAAUUUUUAAAAAAAUUUUUAAAGCUAUCUCGAGUUGAACUUUUUGUUUAAAAAUCUCGUCGCGAGUAGUUUCCUUUAUCUUCUUUUUUUAAAUUACCAACUGUUGUUUUAUUUUUUUCAAAUAUGAAUUAAAUUAGCGUGUUUUUUUCAGUAAGUUAAAAAAACUCAAAACAGCUGUUUUCAGUUUUUCUUCCACGAAAGAGCGGUUUUUUUCAGGAAAAUGUACGACCGAGUCCAACGAUCUCACGGACACUUGAAAGUCCAGAUGGAAAAAGAAAAAAUGAUCAAUAGCAACAUAAUGAAGAUGCUCCAAGAAGCGAAUCAAAGGAUCGUGAGUUUGCAUUUUUAUUUUCUUGACUUUUUCGAGGGGUAAAUCUUUGUCAUUUCAUAUGGUGUUCUCAAUUUUCAUAUUUUUUGAAAAAAAAAAUUGAUAAGCGUCCUUUCUAGAAAGCUCUCCAUGGCUGCGAAAUUGCAUUUUUGAAUUUUGAAAUGAGCGCUAUGAAAAUUGGAGGCGACUUUGUUUUCAAAAAUUUUUUCAGCUAUUUCUAGCGCUCAAAAUAUGAAUUUAAUCUGACAAGAGAGGCGUUUCAAUUUGCGGUUGGGAAUUCUUGAAAAUUGGCGGAAACACUCUUUGAUGUCCUUAAAGUUUUAGCCUGCACAAAUCCCGGGUUCUUGACAAACGGAGGCUCAAAUCGGCUUAAUUUAACGGAUUUAGAGGGUUUCUUUGACUUCGAGGUGUUCUUUCUCAAAAACUUGGAAGUUGUAUAGGUUGAGACUUACAGGUUCUUCUUUUGGUACCUCAAAGAGUAUCUUGGCCAAUUUUCCGGAAAAUCCCAAUCGCAAAAUUAGGAUAUUUAGGUACCAUGCAAAGAAAAUUGUUUAGGACUCUGUUCAACUAUCUCGUUUAUAUUUACUUCUGCUUUUUUCUAUUCACGCCUUAGGAACCUGUCGAUUUCAGUUGAUCUGGUUGUAGGAGAUCCUCGAGUCGGGCAAUGAGAGCGGAAACACGAGCUCGCUGCUGUGUCCCUAUGGCCAGACGCUUCUCGGCGAAACGAAAGGGGCCGGAGAGGCGCUGGCUCUUCAGGAAGAUCCGCAGCCGUCGGCCUUCUUCCCCGACACCGCCUGUCUCAUCAGCCAGGGCACCACGGCCAUCAAGGACGACCUCGACAGUCAGGACGAGGUCUCUUUUCCCCUCCUUCUUAGUAUCUCUUCUCUUCACAGGUGCGUAUAUUUCGGACCGUCGAGAGCGGAAUCUCAUCGCCUCUGACCAUGGAAACGGCUCGGAGAACCGACUCUCCUUUGGAUUUGGCGUCGUUCAACAUUGAUGUCGUCCUCACGCACAAAGUGACGCCUACGAGGUUGUCCAAUUAGUUAUUCUCAUUCUGAAAGAAGUAGAAUCGAAGAAAAUGCAUUUGUCAAUUUUUUUUUUUAUGAAUCUUCGUUUCCCUAUACAAAAAUAGAACGAGCUUCCGAAAAAAAAGACUCAAAUAAACUGAAGGGUUCUUUUCUGUACUGAAUAGGGAAUUUCCAGAGACGCUCCAGCUCUAUUUUUUGAAUAUUACAUAAAGAAAAUACAUCAAUCAUUAAUCAAGAAGUUUAGCGAAAAUUUGGCGAACAAGGUAUUGUAUUUAUGUGGAAGAGCCCUAUAAUAUAUAUGAGCGGAGAGAAAACUGAGCAGAUAAUACAUCAAUAAAUUAAUAAGGGUAGGAAAUUUCAAGCCGAAAUUUUCGAGCGAAAGAUUGGAGGAGAAAAAAAAAAGAAAAAAAGUUUUAAGCUUUUUUUUUGUAGAUCACAUUCGGAUUCGGAUAUCUUCAAUUCCGUUCUGCGGGAUAAUUCUGAGGCAACAUCUGUCGAAGAGGAACCUGUUAUACAGAAACUUUGGAAGGUUUUGGGGUUUUUUUUGAAGUUUAGCUAGUUUCACGUAAAACGUGUCAGAGCAGCCGAGAUAACUUUUUUUCCUUUUUUUGAGUGUUUUGAAAACUGAAAAAGUAGUUUUUUUAAUCUUUAAUUUUUGAACCGUUUGGUCUUUCAAAAAAAUAUUUAGAUUUCUAACAUUUUUUUGCAAAAAAAUCUUAAAGUUAAAGUUCAGGAGAGCCAUUUGAAAAUACUGAGGAAAGAAAAAGUUUUUUUAAAGAGAUCAAUCCUUGAAAAUUUAACAUCAAAAAAACUAGGAUUUUUUUAUGUAAUAUUCUCCUUUUUUUAUUCCUAAUGAUUUGAGCGAAAAUGAAUUAUUUUUAAGGGUACUCUAUAAAAGUGUAGCUUCAAAAUUUCAGUUUGAGAUUAUUUAGUUCACCAAGGUGAUCAAAACCAGUGCUCAAAUCCUUUUUUCUUGUCUUCUCUGGAAAAGGAUCAUUUUACCCUAGAUUUUAUACUGAAUAUAAUUUUGAAUCUCACACACAAAAUAAAUUUUUCGUUUAUGGAAUGUAAAGAAAAUUGUUGAAGCUGCCUCAGAAGUGAUUUGGCUUGAAAAAAAAGUCGGGUUUUUCAGCCCAGCGCUGUGGAGCAAAUCGUCGAGGAAGAGUCGUCUUCUGAGGAUGAAGUCGUGAGUUUGAUAGAGCGGCAGCUUCGAAAGCGGGGGGAUCUCGUGAAAUUCAACCCUCCGCGCCAAGCUAUUCAUCCACGCCACUUCAGAAGGUGUUGUCUGAUCCGAGAAUCCCACUAACGAAUUCUUUAUAGAUUCGGUAAAAUGGAACGGACGGCUUUGGCAGAGUUCGAGUACCUCGAAGAUAUUUCCACCGACGUCAGCGGGAUGCUCUCGAGCCCUGAGGUCAACCAACACUACAAGGCGGCCACCCUCCCUCGUGUUUAG